AUGGUCGGAAGAUAUACGCGUAUGAGUCUCGACGGUGGCGAGAAUCCGAUUGAGGGAGAGAUCAGGCACCUCGUCGACAAGCUCGACAGCAUCAUCGAGGAAGUGGAUGAGGCUGAGGACGCUGCGAGCAAGGCUGCCGCGCGAUACGCCGAGAAGGUCAACAGCGCUAGUAGAGACGCGAGUACCAUCUACCAGAAGAUCGAUGAACUCAGAGACCAACAAGUGCAGGGCAUGAGUUACUUGGACCGCGCCGGAUGGAUCGCCAGCAAGCCCGCACCAGUAGCCCCACAGGAGGUGCAGGCUGAGCUUUUGGAGUGUAGAGACGAUUCACCAAGGUCCAACGAAGAGGCUCUGAUCGCCAAGGGGCUUUUUCAAGCUGGCAACACGGUGAUUGGGGCCCGCCGAAAUCGCCCGUCUAGUCAUCACGGCACUAGAAACGCGAAUGAUCUCCGUGAAUACAACCAAGCGCACCYGAGGUACAUUGGACACCCCAAUGUCACCAAACCUAACAGACCCUCCGACCGCCUCGAAAGUGGUCGUGCGCAGAUCGAAAGGAUGCAACGCCAGAGCGACGCGCCGAUACCUCCCGAGAUCGCACUUCCUAUUCGGAAGUCAGCGGAGGGCAGCCGUGCCGACAAGAAGGGCACAGAUCACAAAGAUCCCAAUGUCAAAAAGGGCGAGAAGCAUGAGAAUAUCUCGCGUGACGAGGCUUCGGCGGCUUCGAAUGGCGUGAGAGAGCAGAUGGCUCGUAAGCGCGAGAAGAGAAGGCAGAAAGCUUCCAGGCGCGCUCUGAGAAAUGCGACAUUCGUCGACUUGACUCCGGCGCAUCAGGCUGGAGGCAAGGCCACGGCGCAGAAGUCAAACCCAGGUGCAAUUGCCAACGAUGAGAGUGACCGUCCCGUGAACGAUGAGACUGACGGUCCCGUGGGCGGCUUCACGUUCAAUAACCUGCCGAUUCGAAACGCUAGGGAUGCAGUCUAG